AUGACAAAGCGGAGCUUUGAAUCUUUCAUUAGAUAUCCUUCUGACCCCAAGGAGGUCCCCUCUAAACCCGAAAAGUUGUCCCAUAAUAUCAUGGAAAGAUUCUUUUUGACAGGAAAAGUCUCAGUUAUAACGGGAGGUUCUGGAAGUAUAGGAGCUGCUAUUGUAGAAGGAUAUGCUCAAGCUGGAAGUAAUAUCGCUAUAAUGGAUAUCAGAGAAAACCUCGAACUCUGUGUACGCUUAUCCACCACUUACAAUAUCAAGGCAAAGUUCUACAGAGUUAAUCUUUCUGACCCCCAAGAAGUGAAGAAGGUAAUUCAAACAAUUGAGAUAGACUUUGGAACCAUCGAUAUUUUUGUGGCCAAUGCUGGAAUUGCUUGGAAUUUUGGUUCUAUAUUGAAUGAAGACAGCACUCCUGAAGCAUGGAAAAGAGUUUUUGAUGUAGAUGUCAACAGUAUAUUCUACUGUUGCAAAUAUGUUGGUGAGAUCUUCAAGAAGAAAGGAAAAGGUUCGAUUAUCAUGACAGCUUCUAUGUCAGCUCAUAUUGUCAAUGUACCCAAUUACCAAACAUGUUAUAACGCUGCAAAAGCUGCUGUAUUGCACAUGGGGAGAUCUUUGGCUAUAGAAUUUGUUGACUUUGCAAGAGUAAAUACUGUUUCCCCUGGUUACACAAACACACCUUUGUCAGAUCCCGUUCUGGUUGAAGAAAGAUCCAAAUGGUGGGCAUUAACUCCUAAAGGUAGAGAGUGCGAACCUGAUGAGUUGGUUGGUGCCUUUAUCUACUUGGCCUCUGAUGCAUCCAGCUUCACCACUGGUAGUGAUAUACGGGUUGACGGUGGAUAUUGUUCUAUAUAA